UUGAUUCUUGGUAGAGCCUUUUGUUCUUCUACCGCCCCUUGUUAUUGCUCUUUGCUCAUCCCACGCUCUUCUUUGUUGCAUUGUCUCCAUUGUCUUUGUUCAAGUUCUUUCAUCCAUUGUAUUCGUCAAUCAAGACGUUGUGAUGUUUUGGCAGUCCCAUUCGUAUAAAAGUAUCCCUCGAAGAUUCCAUUCGAGUCUCCGAGACAGACACACAACGCCGAAAAGAACUCACAACCAAAGACAUCUAACACAUUUUCUACGCAGCUCUACAAUAUUCAAGCAAGUCGUAUAGCCGGUCUAUCGAUAUAAAGCAACUCAAAGCCCGUCUUUCUUCAUCACACUCUUUACUACAGUAUCAACCACAAAACACAGAAUGUACACCUCAACCACUGUUCUGGGCUCCGUCCUCGCCCUCCUCGCAAGCUCCAACGCUCAUGUUGUCAUGAAUACACCAACACCAUACGGCUUCAGUACCCUCCAAACAUCCCCUCUGAAUGGUGAAGGCUACAACUUCCCCUGCCAAAGUGGAAGCCGCGCCAACGCCUUUGACGGCACUGGAGUUUCAAACCCUAUGAGGGUUGGAGAAGACAACGAUCUCAAGUUCACUGGUAGUGCUGUUCACGGCGGCGGCUCUUGUCAGCUCAGCGUCACUUACGACUACCCCCCUCCUGCCGAUAAAUCCAAGUGGAAGGUCGUCCACAGCUUCAUUGGUAGCUGUCCCGUCCAUGCCGAGGGUAACAUCGCCGAAGCCGGAGUGGACGCCGAUGGGCGACCAACAGGAGCUCAAUGCACUGGCGACAACCAAAGCGAGUGCCUCAAAGACUUCAAGUUCCAAAUUCCUGAAGGCAUGAAGAACGGAAAUGCAACCUUGGCUUGGACUUGGUUCAACAAGAUUGGCAACCGUGAGAUGUACAUGAACUGUGCACCCAUCUCGAUCUCAGGCGGUUCCGACGACGACACUUUCUACAACAGCCUUCCCGAACUUUUCGUUGCCAAUAUUCCCAACGAAUGCAAGUACGACGAUGGAAGCUUUGUCAUUGGUUUCCCUGACCCUGGCAAGUUCGUCACUUACGGUGAAGCCGUUACUCCCGGAAAUCACGUUUGCAGGGACCCUGCCACUGGUUACGGAUCGACUCCCUCAUCGACUGCUUCCGUAUCCUCCAGCGCCAUGCCUACAUCCUAUGCCGCUGCUCCCUCUCCCUACAUUUCAGUUCCUACUUUGGCCACACCUGUCAGCGCUGCACCACUUCCCUCAGGAACUGGCUACGCCGGCUCUCACAGCAGCGGUAACAGUACUUCUGGGGUUUGCUCCGGCGACAAGGUCUCAUGCCCAACUCCCGGCGAGCUCGUGUGCAUCGACGAGGAGACCUUUGGCAUCUGCGAUAUCGACUACUGCGCCGUUCCCCGAGCAGUCUCUCUCGGCACCACAUGUUCCAACAACAUUGUCAACAAGCGUGAUGUGGUAAGAAGGAGGAGCUCAAGAAUCCACCGCCAUAUUCCUGCACAUGUUCACCACCAGCACAGCUUCUGAGAAGUGUGUACAGCCUUACGACGAGACUAACAGGAUCUGGUAUCCUCUGCAACGAAUGGGAACGUUUUAGCAUCUGGGUGAGACGCAAGUCUCUGAGGGUUAUUUUAGCAAGCACUAGCACAUAUAGUUCUUGCAAUCAAUGAAUUGAGCAUGUUGCCUUGAUCAAAUCAUGUUU